CUUCAAGGUCAUAUAGUUCUCUGAUCGUUGAAUCUGGGCAUUCAUAAAGGCGCUCAGGAAGGCUCUGUUUCCCAAUCUCACCACUCUCACUUAGACGCGUAAAACUAUUACCCAAGCUCUCAUUGGAUACUUGUUGUUGACGUGACGCUCGACCUCACUGUCGCCAAGACCUUCCUAGCCUCGCAGUAUAAACAGUGUGCCCCCAACCAACUUCACCUUGUUACCCACUACACUCUUUACCCACACUCCUUCUACUGUCUGCAAACCUUUCAAACCUCACAGACGCCUUCUUUCUCAACCAAUAUCCCACAUUCGUUCAACUGUUUCUCCCAACCUUCAAGAUGAAGUUCGGGAAGAUGGAAGUUAUCGCCUGUGUCUUUGGCUUCAGCGUCGUUGCUCAGUGCCACUCCGGAUACCCGUCUGCUGCGGGUGGAAACAACCAGGUGCUGGAGCUUCGUGAUGAAGCCUCUGCCUUGGACGUCCCUCCUCAUGAUACGAGCACGGUGUAUUCUGUCACGGUGAUGCCCACCAGCGAGGAGACUAUUUCAGUCCGCGAGUGCACUACCCUCCUCACCUUGGGNGGUACUCCAACUCUGCUCGUUGAUAUUUGUCCCACCUCGACUGCGAGUGACAUGGCUCCCUUGACCACGAGUGUCACCGAGCCUCUAGGAACCAUCUUUGUUACAGUGACCGACAUCACGACCGUUCACCCUGUCAAAACCAUUGAGAUUCCAAUCUCAACUAAGGUUGGGUCCGACAGCAUCACGACGGUAGUCCAUACAAGCGUUGUCAUGUCGAUUGUCACUGCUUCACCCAAAAACUCGACUGAGCCAGCAGCCUCAAUUUCUACCGGAGGUACGCCUCAGCCUACCAUGACGGGCAUGUACCCGAUCGCCAAUAUCACCCUGUCGGCCGGAAACUCCUCUGAAAGCAACGGAACCGUCAGUCUAACCCAAGUGACCGGCUACUCUCUGCCCACGACCGCAACAACAAACUCCAGCAAUGAUAAUAGCCUGUGGGAGGUAGAGACAGCCAAAAGCUCAGGCUUCGAUUUCACCCCAACCACAACCCUCCGGCCAAGCAUCAACGGUUCUGGCGUCAUCAACUCGACUGGAUCUCCAAACCACACCAAAUCCGACGAUGGCGACAAGAGGAACGCUGGUACUGGCUUGCUCAUCGGCAUUGGUUCCGCUGUGGGAUGCUUCCUCGUGUUGGGUUUCGCCAUCUUCCUUGUUGCGCUCUGAGCAGCAUCUUUUGCCAGGAUUAUCGGUGUCUGCGAUCUUUUUGCGCCCCUUCAAUGGGGUGUGAGAUACUCGAAGCAUCCGUAGCAUGGUUUUUCUUUCACUUUUGAGCCGGCGAGCUCCGGAAAUUUGUACGAUAACAUUACGAUUUGACGAUGGAUCAUGACGGAUGACAUGAUGAUAUUACUGGACAAAAACUGGUUGGUAAU